AUGCAUGAACACAGGAAGGGCGACCUGCGGGGCCGCCUGAUGGUGGCACCGGUCGUGGGCGUCCCGGGCAUCGGGCGCUUCGUGGACGUGCGUACCGCCUGGCUGGACGGCUGCGUGGCGGCCGCCCUCGACGGCGGGGCGGAGCAGGUCGUGGUCAUCGCGGCGGGCUACGACACCCGUGCGUACCGCCUGCACCGGCCUGGCGUGAAGUUCUUCGAGAUCGACCUGCCACACUCGUCUGCAAGCAAGAAGGCGCGCGGCCGCGAGCUCGUGGCCGCCUGCCUGCCCGACGCCGAGCGCUGCCCCCGGCCCGCGUUCAUCGCCGCCGACCUGUCGGAGGCCGUGCGCGUGCUGUUCGAGAGCCUGGCCGCGCUGGCGACCCCGGGGUCGCGCUUCUGCUUCGACUGGCUGCGGCUGUCAGUGAUGAGCGGGCGCGCCUUCAACCCCGGGUUCGAGACCAUGGCGCUUGCCCUCGGCACGCCAGCUCGCCCCCUCGUGCACUGCUUUGCGACAGCGGUCCCUCACCCGAGCCACGGCCAAAACGCUGCAAAGCCUGACGCCCCUCUGUUGGUCACCCGGGUUUGCUAG